AUGUUCCCCGGUCGCUUACGCUGGAUGCGCACCAGUCGAUUGCACUGGGUCCGCGAUGCGCACCAGUCGGUCGAGCUGGAUCCGCGAUGCGCUCCCGUCGGUCGAGCUGGAUCCGCGAUGCGCUCCCGUCGGUCGAGCUGGACCCACGGUGCGCUCCCGUCGGUCGAGCUGGAUCCACGGUGCGCUCCCGUCGGUCGAGCUGGAUCCGCGAUGCGCUCCCGUCGAUUGCGCAGUAUUUUGAGGCAGAAAUUAUUGCUCGAAUGUCGGAAUAAGCGAAAUUGCGCCCGGGACUCCCUCACUGUGGUUGGGUCAACCGAACAUCAAAUCCUUCCCGGUGGAACUGUUCGCUUGGUGGGAAAGAAGCUUGGCGCAGCGUUAUCAUACUUCAAGGCAGCCCGGGCCGAUCUAUUGUUGAGGAGAGGUGAUUUUGGGCCAUAUCGCUUUCCAAAGAAUGUCGAUGAUUUCUGGGUCGGCUUAUAUGUGUUUUUGCUUUUUUAUGCGGCUUGCUACCGCAGAAUCGGUAUAAAAGCGGCUGCUAGCUGCUUUUCAGCAGAAAAUGCGCGCGAACGGCAGCAGAAAAUAGCCGAAAAUGCCGGCUUGCUACCGAACAAUACAGGACUUCGCGUUCGAACUGUGCUGGUUUUCGCCACGGCUGUGCGUUACGGUGUGUAA